AAACACGUGACUAGAACAGAUCAGCACAGAAUCUCAAAGCGGAGCCCAGUAACUCCAGUCUGAGUGUCCCCUGAUAUUCCUGCACUGCAGCGCCCCAGUCCUAUGUGAACUCCACUCAUUCCAGGAUGACAGAGGGUACACUGAGGGAGACCAGUCUCUUCCAGCAGACCCUUGCUUUGCUGGGGAAACAUCUGCUACACAAGUGGAGAAGGAAAUGGCACAGUGUCCUGGAAUGGCUGCAAAAUUUGGCGUUUGUUUUCCUGAUGUUCACUGUUAGCGCUUUAGGACAAAUUCCUUUUGACAAUGAAAUCAUACCUGCAAUGCACCUUGGACGAUUGGAUGCAUUCAAGCAGGAAAACAUUACAGUUGGAUACACUCCUGUAACUUCCACUACCAAGGACAUCAUGCAAAGACUAAAAGGAAUAACGAUUCAAGAAUACAAGCGUGAAGAUGACUUACUGGGAGAUGUGGAAAAUCAGACAGUUGUCGCUGUUGUAUUUGAUGAUCUUUUCAAGUAUCACAUCCAAUACCACAUCUAUAAUAUAAGAAGUCCAAAUGAUUACUUUGCAAGCUCUGUAGAUGAUGUUUCAAAUAAGUCGGAUUCCGGCACUGUGACACAAUACUUGAAGUCAGGGUUCCUCUUCCUGCAAGCGAACAUUGACUCUGCUAUGAUUGAAAUGGCCACUAAAACCUCUGUAGAGGGUAAAUUGACCUCCAUUGGGAUAAUCAGGAUGAAGUCAACAAAAUAUGGAAGACCGUUAUUACAAAGUGGAAUCUUCCUUGUCGGCAUGUCCAUGUGCUAUGUGUCACUGAUGUACCUGCUGUCACUGUAUGUCACCAGGGAGCGGAGGGAGAUGAGAGAGACCAUGAAGAUGAUGAGACUGAAGGAUCUAGCAUUCUGGUUGUCCUGGGGAUUACUCUAUUCUGUCUAUGUUAUAAUUAUAGCAAAUCUGAUGACCGUUAUUACAAACCAUUUUGUUUUUAUUGAGAGUUCAUAUGGUGUCAUUGUGCUCCUUUUCCUCCUAUAUGGGAUAUCAUCGAUAUGUUUUACAUUCAUGUUGAGCGCCCUCUUCAGGAAUCCCAGAGUCACCGCCAUCGCAGGAUUUUUCAUUACACUCUUCAUGUCUACAUCAGGCCUCCUAUUGCUUAUGAAAAAUCUCCCCAAGGUUGUGGAAGUGUUACUAAGCGUAUUCCCCCCGUUUGCCUUCUCGGUGGGACUGGCGGAGAGUAUUCACCUAGAAAGUGACAUGCAAGGGGUAUUUUUCUCAGACAUAAUGGGUGAUUCCUCCCAUGUACUUUCCAGCUGCAUCUGUUUGAGUCUAGACUCCAUAUUUUACAUGCUCCUCACGCUGUACUUUGACAAAGUUCUUCCAGAUAAGAAUGGAAGGAAGUAUGAGCCCUUCUUCUUCUUGAGAUCUUCAUAUUGGUCAAGAGAUAAGAUGAUCCCACCAAGGCCACAGACGGAGAGAAGAGAAGUGUAUGACUAUGACGAUUACAAUGAAAAAGUUCCCAGCACAUUACAUGGAAAAGAAGCAAUCAGAAUUAGUAAAAUUAAGAAAACAUACAGUGGCCAAGACCGAAAGGUUGAAGCUUUAAGAGGACUUGAUUUUGACAUCUAUGAAGGCCAGAUUACAGCUUUACUGGGCCACAGUGGAGCAGGAAAAACAACACUUCUUAAUAUACUGAGUGGAAUGUGUAUGUCUACAUCCGGAUCAGCCAAUAUCUACAACUAUGACCUCUCCAAUAUGAUUCACUUGGAGGAGAUUCGUAAGAGGGUCGGGUUUUGUCCACAGUAUGAUGUCAAAUUUGAUCCUUUGACGGUUAAAGAAAAUUUAAAAGUAUUUGCUAAAAUCAAAGGGAUUCCUUCCAACAAUGUGGAUCGAGAGGUCCAGAAGGUCAUAUCUGAUCUGCAGCUGACGGAUGUUGAGAAUCUUGAAGCAAAUAAAUUAAGCGGUGGUCAGAGGAGAAAGUUAAGUCUUGGAAUUGCACUUCUGGGAGAUCCACAGGUUCUGCUUCUUGAUGAGCCAACUGCAGGUCUUGACCCGUAUUCUAGACAUCAUGUAUGGGCCAUUCUAAAAGAGAGGAAGGCAGAUCGGGCUAUGCUUCUAAGCACUCAGUUCAUGGAUGAAGCGGACAUUCUUUCAGAUCGGAAAGCUGUGAUCUCCGGUGGAAAGCUAAAAUGUGUGGGCACUUCUCUGUUUCUGAAGAGAAAAUGGGGAAUAGGGUAUCAUUUGCGGAUGCAGGUUUCUCCAUCCUGUGACCCAGAAAUCAUUACAUCUCUGGUACGGCAACAUAUCCACACUGCUAAACUCUCCACCAAGACUGACCAGGAAAUUAUAUUUACCCUUCCCUUCGAGAACAUGGAUGUCUUUCCUGAUCUGUUUACCCAUCUGGACGGACAUGUGGGACAGAACAUUGUAAGUUACGGAGUGUCUAUGACAACGCUGAAUGACGUUUUCCUGAAGCUGGAAGGAGAAGCAGAGAUUGAAAGAGGAGAUUAUGCUGUUUUCAAUCAGGAGAUGACCAGUGAGGAGGACAGGGAAUUUCUGAACUCAGAGAUGGAGGAGUCCAUCCAGCUGAUGUCGGAUUCUGGUACCGCCACUGUCAGUGGGAUGGCACUGUGGAGACAGCAGGUGUUGGCUGUUGCCAGAAUUCGCUUCCUGAAAUUAAGACAUGACAUGAAAGGUUUCCGAGCAUUAUUGCUCCUGCUCUUCCUGUUCAUUAUCCCAAUGAUAAUUCUCUUUGCAAUAUCACAUAAUAUUAAGACAAUCAAUUUAUGGGAACUGAAGCCAGACCAUUAUUUUCUGAGAUCAGGAGAUAAAGCACACAAAUACUACUCCAGGCUUUUGAUCAACAACAACACAGGUGCACCUAUAGAGGAUUUCAUUGAUGGGGUGAAAUCUCAGGACAUUGUGAUUGAUGUCAUUAAUGGUCCAUACAACAUAAACACUACAACAUACAAAGGAGCAAUAGAAGUCACUCGAGACAAUCAGAGUUACACUUACACCAUAGUAGGAAACCCCCGAGCACAGAAUGCACUACCAGUGCUUGUAAACAUCAUUAGCAAUGCCUUCUUGAAGACCUUUAACUCCAAGGAACAUAUCCAGAUAUGGAACAACCCUGUGCUGCCUUCAUAUGAAGACGAGUUCCAUAUAUACAUGUUCUUAUUAAGCAUGAUUUUCAUGGUAUUUGCAAGUGGUAUGGCACCCCAUUUUGCAAUGAGCAGCAUCGAUGACACCAGGAUCAAAGCUCGUUCCCAGCUGAGGAUUUCUGGACUCUACCCAUCUGCGUACUGGUUUGGACAGGCCAUGGUGGACAUACCAUUCUAUUGGCUUCUGCUCUUUGUAAUGAUUUCCGUACUGUUUAUAUUCAAUCAUAGAAUCAUCAUGGACUUCUCGGUAGCUUUACUACUGAUCUUUCAUCUCCUUGGGUAUGGAGCAGCCAUUGUCCUAUAUGUCUAUAUCUUCGCCUUUAUUUUCAGAAGUGGAAAGAGUCAUCAUGAUCGGUGGUCUUUCUUCUUUGUUAUGACAUCUUUAGCACCCUUGAUGCUUGCAGAAAUUGACCAUCCCUCCAGAGGCCCUACACCAUCAAUCUACUAUAUGUUCUUGUUCCCACACAGUGCUUUAAUUGAAUUGAUAUCUACAAUUGGUCUAAUUAUUGAAGGUGAUAGUUAUCAAGUUGAACAUUCAUCACUAAUGUCAGCAUGUCUGGUGUUAUUAAUUUCCUACAUACAUAUCAUCCUAUUCUCAGGCAUCCUCUGGUUGUUGGAAUGGAGAUAUGGGACAAGAAGCCUGAAAAGAGACCCAAUAUUCAGAACUUCAAAACGGAAACCUACCAUCAAACCAAACCCAGAGGAGCUGGAAGAUGCUGAUGAGUCGGUCCUGGCUGAAAGGGAAAUAGUUAAACAUGCCAAAACAACUAACAAUGAGGAAGAGAAACCAGUCAUCAUUGUUGACAGUCUGCGCAAAGAGUUUAAAGUUAAAACUGGAACUUUUAGUUUUAAGAAGAAAAGGAGAGUUGCUACCAAAAAUAUUUCCUUUUGUGUAAAGAAAGGCGAAGUUCUGGGAUUGCUGGGGCCAAACGGUGCUGGAAAAACCACAUCUAUAUUUAUGCUGGCCGGUGAUAUCAAACCAACAGCUGGGGAGGUAGUGCUAUGUGAACUUGAUUUGCCCAAGACUAGAGUCUCUGAUGAGUCCACUGCGUUCCUGGGUUACUGUUGUCAGAACAAUCCCCUGUGGUCAGAUAUGACUGUGAAACAACAUCUGGAGAUUUAUGCAGCUAUAAAGGGUAUGAAGAAGGAAGAUGGAGAUCGGGUCAUUAAGAGAGUGGCCGAAGCUCUGGAGCUGAAGGAACAUUUAGAGAAACAGACGAGGAAGUUGUCUGCCGGGGUCUCCAGAAAGGUGUGUUUUGCCAUUAGCAUGCUAGGUAACCCAACGAUUGUUCUUUUGGAUGAACCUUCAACUGGUUUGGACCCAAAAGGCCAACAACGCCUUUGGAGAGCGAUCCGUGCAGCUUUCAAAAACAAGGAUAGAGGAGCUAUUCUGACCACACAUUACAUGGAGGAGGCAGAAGCUGUGUGUGACCGUGUUGCUAUCAUGGUUUCUGGAAAACUCAGGUGCAUCGGGUCCAUUCAACAACUAAAGAGCAAGUUUGGUAAAGGCUAUCUCCUGGAGAUUAAAGUGAAGGAUUCUCACCAUCUGGAUGUGAUUCACCAGGAGAUAAUGCGGCUGUUCCCACAAGCAGCCAGACAGGACAGGUUCUCUUCAUUGCUGGUCUAUAAGAUCCCAAUGGAUAAUGUGCAGUCACUAUCACAGGCUUUCUUGCAGCUCGAGGAAGCAAAACGUGUCUAUAACAUUGAGGAAUACAGUUUUUCCCAAUCCACCCUUGAACAGGUGUUCCUGGAUCUGGUGAAGGAGCAGGAAAAGGAGGAUUUUAACCUGGACAUCACAUUUGGGUGGAAGCACCUACGGACAGAGAGCAUCUGAUAAUAUAGAAAACUCAUUGAAUGAAGAAAUUUGCUAGACAAUAUAAUGUGACACCUGUUGUUCCUAUCACCUCUCUACAAUAUGUCUAUAGUGUAUUAGCUACAGUCACUACAUUCCAGAACAUAGUGAAUGAGUGAGAUUACCAGAACAAGUGCUUUAUUGAAUGCCAGAAUGAUAUCACUAAGCUCUACUGAGCCACAUUACACUGGAUAUCAUAUCAUUCCAGGCUCUGUUCAGUGAUAUAUAUAUUAUUGUUACAAGAGACAUCUGUAUGCAUGUCUUAUAAUCUCAUCAGUAAGUCUCACCCUGCAGACCAUGUAACCACUUGUCUUUUCCCCAAUGUACUGUCCAGUGCUGAAUAGUCAAUUACAGCAAUACUAUAUUCAUAUAAAUAACUAUAGCAAUUUGUUUAUAUAUCAAUAUAAUAGUUCUCUAUAACAGGACAUCAUUACUGGGGAGUGUAUUUCUAUGGUAACCCAGUUCAAUCCAUGGAAUAUUCAUAUAACUGAUAAACAGGUUUCAACCUUCCUUUCUAGAGCCACAUACUAAUUAGAAAAAUAAUGACAUCAGGUAUUUUGCAGCGCAGUUGUUUGAAAAAUGUAACAAUUAUUGAAUACCAUUUGUGAAUUACUUUCUUCAAUAUCACAGUGUUCUCUGCCUUUAUUAGAUGUCAUGGAUUCUAUUAUAAUCACACAAGUAAGCAGGGCUUUCAGGAAAAGUCAUGUGACACAAAUAGGAAGUUCAGAGUCAUGGGACACAAAUAGACAGGAAGUUCAGAGAGUGUCUUCUGACAUUAUUAGGCUGGGGCAUUCAGGCAGUCAUUUAUAAAAUGACUGGGUGAAGAAUAGUGAUGACAAUCGAAGGCUGUACCAUCAAUUGUCAAUGGAUUUAAACCAUCAGACGAAAUCAUUGAUGGUUUAGCCAACAAUGGUGAAUGCUGCGAAUGAGCAAACAGCAGCCAUUGGAUCGGCACUGCCCGUGUUUUCACAACAUCAGUGUCGCCAUCAAUGUUGUAGCAUCGGUGCUGUACCAUCGAGGGGAAAAAACACCAUCGGCCAUAGACCAUCGAUGGCUGUGAACCAUCAAUGGUCGAUAUCCAUCCCUAGUAAAGAAUUGGAAAUAAAAAGGUGGAGGUAGUGAGGUACUGAAUCCUUCUGUACAGUAAGUGCAAGAGCAGGGCUCUUUGACCCCCUGUGCUAGACUCAUCCCUAAUUAUACGUGAUAUCAUGAGAUAUCACAGAGGGGGAGGGGCUGCCAGCACCAAGAAGUAGAUAACUAGAUUGUACAGGAAGCUUGAAUGAGCAAGGUCCUCUCCACUUUGUCUUCUUUACAUAAUUAUACUAAAUGACCACUUUAAUUAUGUAUCUAUGUGAAUUUAUAUACUGUCUGUAUUAGUCUGUACUAAUUUGAUAUCAGUUUUAUAUUCUUGAACAGCACUGCAGGACCGCUGUGAUUCAUUAUAAAUAAAAGAUAAUAGUAAUAGUAAAAAUUAAAAA